CCCUUUGGAAUUGCGAGUAGUUCACAUGACCAGCUUUCUUCCAUGCGUGUCUAUAAAGCGAAUCGUUCGUAAAAUUCUCAAUAGGAGCAGUCAUAUUACGAGUUGGUAGGGGGCUGCGUGAUAAACGAGGCUGGGCCAUUGCCAUGGCAGCUUCUAGAAAGAGCUUUUGAAUUGUAAAUGUUGAAGGGUUUGACUGAGCUGCCGUUGACCAUGAAACAAUUGUAUAUCGUAGAUUGCCGACAGACUGAGUUGGUAAUAUCAGGCUUGAAAACCGAAGUAGUAGUUUCGAGGGGCUUCAAGGGAGGAUUCAUUGAACUAUCUUGGUGAGUGGGUUGGUGUUGUCUGUCAAUAAAUUGGGUUGUGGAAGAUUUGGGGCGUUAGGUUGUAGUGCAGGGAAGUGGGUCGGUAGCCUAUUCGGGUCUAGGGUUGGAGAAUUUGGUGAAGGUGCGGGUCCAUCCUGCAGCUCGCGAUCUGUAGGGUUUGAGUUGCGUUGGUCGGUUUUGGGCAUGAAGUGGCGAUGGUGAGAUGAUUACUGUGUAACUUUCUAGGUUUUUCGGAUACGGUGCUUUUUGAUGUCGUUGAAGUGAUUCUGUUUUGCAUGUCCCCAAGCUUCAGGAACGUAAUGAGAACUUACUCUUCUACGGACGUUGUGCUCAACAUCAAUCAACAUCUACUUCUGACGGUGAACUGUCUUCUACAGCCGCUAAAAGGGCUACAGAACUGGCCCCUUCAUCGCCCCGGAGUGCAUUGCCUCCGGAAGUGUCAUCAAAAAAUCCAGCCGGCCUUCAUUUUCGAACCACUGGCGGCACUAUAGGAGCACGUAAUUCUGAUGUUGAGAAUGAAAUUUUGCUGAAGAAGUUGGCGGAAGCAAGGGCAUCUCGGCGGUACGGGAACAACACUGGGCCAAGGUCAUCGAAAUCGGAGAGUGGGUGCUUCCAGAGUGCGGGGUUUCUUCAACUGUGCGUGGCUAUGGCGCUGAUAUCCCUUGCAUUAGUUGUAUUGCUGGCUCUUCUUCAUCCCUCGUUUUCUCCAUCCGUCGAAGGUGCUUCUAACGGUAAAGAGGUGACGUAUGGAAGUAUGAUAAAGCUACAGCAUGAUCGUACCAAGUUUCGGUUACAUUCGCAUGAAGUACCCUACGGUUCUGGCAGUGGACAGCAAUCUGUGACUGCCUUCCCCGGCGUUGAAGACGGUAACAGCUAUUGGGCUGUAAAACCCUCUUCAGACGACGAGAGUAUUGAACAGGGCGAUGUCAUUCCAAAUGGCUCUAUAGUUCGUCUUCAGCAUAUGCGAACCCGCAAAUGGCUUCACAGUCAUCUCCAUCCCUCUCCCAUUUCUGGCAACCUUGAGGUUAGCGCUUUCGGAGGAGAUGAUCAAUCUGAUACUGGCGAUUAUUGGAGGCUGGAGAUAGAGGGCAAGGGCAAGGUGUGGAUGCAAGAUCAGAAAGUGCGGCUUCGACAUGUUGACACCAAUGGUUACCUUCACAGUCAUGACAAAAAAUAUAGCCGGAUUGUUUCAGGUCAACAAGAGGUGUGCGGCAUGGGGAAGAAGAACGCAGAUAAUCUCUGGACAGCUGCAGAAGGCAUUUAUUUCCUUACAAGAGCUACUACUGUAGAAUGAAAUCACAAGAUAUGAUUCACCUAGUUAUGUGCAGAUUUCCAACUUGUGAGUUUCUAAGUAGAUAUCGCAACUUGCAGCUGGAUGUACAGUCGCACGAGUCAAUCAAUGGGAAUCACUUCGAAUCUUAUUUUUGUACUAUUAUAUAUUGACGAGGCACAUCAUUUUCCUCUGUU